UCCCUACUUCUCUAUACCUUUCUAAAGUUUCACCAACCGAUCCCCAUGAUGUCUAAUUGCUUGUCCCUUCCCCGCAUUGUAUAAAUAGCAUACAUCCCCAUUUUCUUCCCCAUCCUAAAGUAAGAUUAACAAAGAGCACGCUACCAAGUACGUAUCGUCCAUCCAUCAACAUUAGUAAAAGAACCAAGCGCACGUAGUAUAUUCGCAGGAAGAGGAACAAUGGGAGCACAGCUAAAAGACGUUGUCCUAGCUUUGUUUGUCUCCCUUUGUCUUGUUCAGUUUUCCAAUGGGUACUUGCUGCCGCUCGUAGAGCGUCCGGGGAGUAUGUUGACUGAUAUAUGGGCAGACCCGUUCCGGGUGUUGGAACAAAUCCCAGUUGGCCUUGAAAAGGACGGCAACGCCGUGACACGCUCUCCAGCAAGGGUAGACUGGAAAGAGACGCCGGAAGGUCACGUUAUAGAGAUGGACGUGCCGGGAUUGAAGAAGGAAGACGUGAAGAUCGAGGUGGAGAACCGGGUGCUGAGAGUAAGCGGAGAGAGGAAGAGGGAGGAGGAAAAGAAAGGGGAUCAUUGGCACCGGGUGGAGAGAUCGUAUGGCAAAUUUUGGAGGCAGUUCCGGUUGCCUGAGAACGUGGACUUGGAUUCUGUGAGAGCAAAGUUGGAGAACGGGGUGCUCACAUUGGAAUUGCCCAAGUUAUCCCCUGACAAGAUCAAGGGUCCCAGGGUGGUCAGCAUUGAUGCAAAUCAAGAGAAUGAGCCUCCCAAGCUCAUCAAGAACGGUAAUGAGGCCAAGCAGGAGCUUUAAACCUUUUGGAGUCUUGGACAAGUUCUGAGUGACCAAACUAUAUAUGCUUGUCACUAGUAGUGUGUGCAAUGGUUUGAGUUUUGACUCUGUGUUUCUUCUUUUGUUGUGUGUGCUGUUGCAACAUCUUAUGAUGUAAUAUCUUAUCGU